ACUGGGGCACCCUAGCGCCCAGGCGCUCGGGAGAAGCCGGGGCAGCCCGGCUCCCCGCAGCCAGGCGCUGGGGCUGGGAGCCACCGAGGCCACAGUGAGGGUCCGGCCGCCUUCCAGCGCCUGGGCCACGGCCACGGCGACGGCCACGGGAACAGAGGUGGAGCGUUCCCAUUCUGCUAAAGAUGAAAGCCUGGGGUUGGCUGGCCCUGCUUCUAGGGGCUCUGCUGGGAACUACCUGGGCUAGAAGGAGCCAGGAUCUACACUGUGGAGCUUGUAGGGCUCUAGUAGACGAACUAGAGUGGGAAAUCGCUCAAGUGGAUCCCAAGAAGACCAUUCAGAUGGGAUCUUUCCGGAUCAAUCCAGAUGGCAGCCAGUCAGUAGUAGAGGUACCCUAUGCCCGCUCAGAGGCCCAUCUCACAGAACUGCUAGAGGAAGUGUGUGACCGCAUGAAGGAGUAUGGAGAACAGAUUGACCCUUCCACUCACCGCAAGAACUACGUUCGGGUUGUGAGCCGGAGUGGAGAAUCCAGUGAACUGGACCUGCAGGGCAUCCGAAUUGACUCAGAUAUCAGUGGCACCCUCAAGUUUGCUUGUGAGAGCAUUGUGGAGGAAUAUGAGGAUGAACUUAUUGAAUUCUUUUCUCGAGAAGCUGACAAUGUUAAAGACAAACUUUGCAGUAAGCGCACAGAUCUAUGUGACCAUGCCCUGCACACAUCUCAUGAUGAGCUAUGAACUACUGGAGUAGCCCAGACCAGCUUGAUGGAUCACCCACCGGAGGGGAAGAUGGUGGCAUUGUCUUUUAUAUUAUGUUUUUAUGGAAAUGAACUGAAAAAAAAAAGAAACUAAAAGUA